CCGUUCAAAUUAGCCUAUACCGUGAAGCUGCGAAUAAAGAGAAAACCAUUUGGAGUUGAAGAUGCGCUCCUCGUCGUGUGGUGGCGCAAGUCGUAAUUACUGCGCAGUGGCGGUCAGUGUCCGACGACCAUGUCGAAAUUGGAUACGUUCGUCCGAUCGUCCCGACCUACUCCAGUAGUCGUUGCCACGUCGCAAGAGAUUCGAGACCGUGGGUCAAUCUUCGUCGGGAGUGUCUACCGGGCAACCAGCCCGGAAGAGGCCCAAGCUGCACUGCACUACCAUAAGCACGUCAUACACGCGGGGAAAGACGUCUAUGAGAUCUCUGCGUGGAGGUGUAUGGUUCUCAAAUCAGGUCAUACUGGUUUAGCGGGACCGGACGAUUUUGAGCUACGAACGGGAUUUGACGAUGGCGGAGAGCAGUGGGCCGGGAGUAGAGUACUCAAGACUAUGCAAACAGAGGGGGUCAUCGAUGCCAUCGUCAUCGUUAGUCGAUGGUUCGGAGGAACGCUACUGGGCCCAACACGAUUCAGACACAUCGAGACCUGCACAAGCGAAGUAUGCCGCAAAUUCAACAAGGCAGUUGAGAUGGACGAAUCCAUCCAAACACUAUCCACACUAGACGACAUCUUGGCUACCCUCAGGGAAGAGCUCAAUGCCCUCAAGUCGGGGUCUAGCAGCACUUCUGAAACAACCACUGAUACAGGCGGAAGACAGGCAAUGAACAAAGUCCACGACUACAGUGCUGUACGGGAUGCUCUGGAUCUUUCCAAAGCAAAGCGGCUCAUUCAUGCAAGAGAAAGUGCUAUUCAGGCCGUGAAAUCGUUGAUUGCCAAGCAAAAGGGUGGGGACAAAUGAUAAAAGCACACAAGCAUAUUUACAGCUGGAUACAUGUUCCACUGCACUGCAUUCCAACUCCACAGAUUUGACGGUCCGUCUUGCGAGAGGCCUGUAAAAAUUUCAGUUUCAUUGCGACGUCUCAAAUGUAGAGCAAGUAUUGUCAGAGGUGCAAAAUUGGCUGUAUGCU